AGACACCACAGCUUUCACAGAACACGUUAUUAUUUUGCUUGCUUCUGCUGCUGGUUUCUCUUGAUGCGCAAAGCGCUGCACACGAAAGGAACCAUAUCAACCAUAAAUUUCAUUUCUCAGAGGUGUUUUACACCUGCACACGCGAAUAGAAAUAUAUAUAUAUACUGAGAAAGAGAGACAAUAGAUCACGCGUACAUUUCUUCUCCUACAACUAAGCCGGCAAGAAAUUUCAAUUGUAAUCGACACAGAAGGCACACGACACAUUUUUUUAACCCCCCCCCGCCCCUUCUCCUCUCUGGUCACCCAAACUAUACGUCGCACAUGACAACCUCCAAGUUUCUCGUGGUGGUGGAGGUGAACACAACGGCAAAUCGAUCGGAGUGGGCCGAGCUGAGCACUCUCGCACGAUCGUACGUACGCGUGCAGGCGAGUCGACGCCUUGCGCACGGCCACCGCCCUCCUUUCUUGCCUGGAGCGUUCGUUUCCCUCACCGAAGCACCGUCCUUGCUCACUGAAACCAUUUUCUCAUUGCGCGUGUGUGACGUGUCUUUUCCGCUCGAGUGCACCUGGGCGGACGUGGACGACGUGGACUUUCGCAUGCGGCUCUAUCAACUGGUAGAGGGUGAUGCAACGCGAUCGAAUGGAGAACAGAGUACGGCCGCAACAGCUGCAGCUGGUCCAGUGUGGAGUGCAACAGGUAAAACGUACGCUCUCUCGGGCGACCAUGACGAAGAAGACACUCCCGCCUUUACUGUCACACCGCUGCCGCACGCUUCUCUCGAAGGCCAGUGGGAAUCGCUGUACUACGGAGAUAGCGAGGAGGCUUCCAUCCUCUUCAAGCGGGACAUCGUGAGUUACGUGGACACGGCCAUGCGGUUUGCACGUGCGGGCGUCAACCCUCAUUUAAUCUCCUGGAAUCGUCUUGUCCUUUUCUACGGCCCACCAGGCACAGGCAAGACAUCUCUUUGCCGCGCUCUGGCCCAAAAGCUGGCGAUCCGCUUCUCGCACAGCGGCUACCCCCGCGCCUGUCUGUUGGACAUCAACGCACACAGUCUCUUCAGCCGCUGGUUCAGCGAGAGUGGGAAGCAGGUGCUGCAGUUAUUUGAGCACAUUCAAUGCAUUGCAGAUGACUCUGACUGUCUUGUGUGCUGCGUAAUGGAUGAGGUGGAGAGCUUAGCGGCGGCGCGGGCAUCUGCCAUGAAAGGCAACGAGCCGUCCGACUCAAUUCGAGUUGUCAACGCGUUGCUCACGCAGAUCGAUCGCCUGCAGCGCCGGGAGAACAUCUUGGUGCUCUCCACGAGCAACCUGACGGACGCGAUUGAUGAGGCGCUGCUGGACAGGGCGGACAAGCGCGUUUACGUCGGACCACCAGGGCUGCACGCGAGAAGCGUACUUUUGCAAAGCAGUGUGCAGGAGCUGCUGGAGAAGGGGCUGGUAGCGGUCCCGGCCGCGGACGACGGUGGCGCGACUUCCACGAGGAUAGGUGUCGACCUCGAAUUAAAGAACUCGGUGAGCGAAGCUAACGGGAUGGGCACAAAAAUAUCCGGUAGCAGCGCAGAGGACGGUAGAGGUGUUCACCUAUCAGCGGCAGAUGCUCACCCGGAAGAGAGUAGUGACUCAGAGAUGCAGAACGAAGAAGCCUGCGGUGCCGUUUUAUCCGCGAGCGCGGCGAUGCCGUCGCACAUGUGCGAGCGUGAUGGCCAAACGGACGUCUACGCGUCCCUUAUUGCCAAUUCAGCGAGCUCUAUCAACGAGGCUAAGCCGAUUGCGUCAUCGCGGCAACAUAUUCCGGACUGCCCUCGUCCGCGGUACACCGUCACGACACUGCUGCGCCAUGUUGCAAUGGCCAGCGAGGGGUUGAACGGUCGAACGCUGAAGAAACUGCCGUUCCUCGCCUAUGGUAAGUGCGUCUGCUCAGGUGCUGGUCAUGCCGAGCUCACGGCGAACUCGUCGGCGGUAGGUCUUGCCGCGUUCUUGGAAGCCUUAUUUGAAGCCGCGCGUCAGGCGGCAGCUGAGGCGCCAUCAAAGCAGAUGACGAGCGAAUGA